GCUCCAUAUAGUCCUGUCCAGCCUUCAUCGCAGUCUGUCCGACCUGGAAACCCAUCUGCGCCGUAGGGUCAUUUAUGAACCCACCAAAUCCGGGGGCAUAGCUGCCACUGGCCCCCUGUGCAGGAGACGGCUGGUAUGGGUUACCUCCGCCGCCAUAUCCGGCAUUUGGUGUCUGUUGAGAGGAGGGAGGGGGUGGUGAGCGCAUCAUCGGGACGGUCGACACAUGCUGUGGGACAGGGUGAUGCAGAGGCGGCGACUGCGCGGGCGGCGGUGCGAAGGAGCCCCGGUACAUGAUGGACCUGAAUCAACAGGGAAAAAGGAGAGGAAGAGAAAGCACUGAAUGAGACGGAGUAGUGCGUGCUUGCGUCGAGGGGGAAGGUUGAGGGGUGAGAGGUGGAGGGCGUGGAGACGGUUGGAGUUGGGUGAAGUAGAGCGAGGUGUUUAUACGUGGCUGAAGAUCCGCUCUGCCUCCGAGCUCCAGCAUUCGCCUUUCUCCGAUCCGCCACCGCGCGAACUUUCCCACUAGGUCUGGUCCUGGUCCUGGUCCUACGCACCCCCACCUCUUUUGAUUUCCCAGGAUUCCCCUUUUUCCUUGUACCUUUGAUUUCUCUUCCAAGCGUAUACAAAGAUGUUGGAAGCUUUUGAAAUUUUGACCACCUCUGGUGUGGUGCUGUGGUCCAAGUCAUACGCACCAGUGGGGGCACACGUUAUCAACAGUCUGAUCAACGACGUCUUUAUCGAGGAAAAGGUUGUGCCUCAGAACACUUCGGCAAACGGUGCAUUGCCGGUCUUCAAGAAAGAGAAGUAUACCUUGAAGUGGAAGAGGGUCAAGGAAUUCAAUUUGAUCUUUGUGGCCGUCUACCAAUCGCUGCUGCACCUCGGAUGGAUUGACAAGCUCCUCGAAAACAUCUCGACGAUCUUUAUCGAUGUCUACAAAGACCAGCUGAAGGGAAACCGCGCUAGAAUCACCGCCUACAAAUUCGAUGCAUACUUUGAGCAGCAAGUGCGGGAGCUAGAGGACAAUACGGGUAGUAUUGCAGAGGUCUAUUCCGUAGAGACUGGGGAAAAGAAAGACCCGCUUGUCUCAUCGGACAAUGGAGGUCCGCCACCGCCGCCGGUGCCCGGCCUCAUGAAGGCGCAGCACCAAGCUGCGCUAGCCGGGGCGACCUCUGAUGAGGCCACCCCACCAGCAACUCCUGAUAUUUCUAGAUCUUCGACUCCCACGGGCCACCUCCUCACCGGGAAGACUGGGCCCGCCGGUCGAGUGUCUCGCCGUGCGCGCAAGGCUGCUAAUGCAAGCGCCAAUGCCUCAUCCGGUGAUGAGCAUUCUCGCAAAGGAAAAUCCACGCCCAAGAGCUCUGCCAAGAAAAUGCGCAAAUGGGAUGCGGAUGGGUUUGCUGAUGAGGAUGACGGGGAGAUUUUGGACUAUUCUGCGCCGGCGGAUGAGACCAAUGCUGCCGCCUCGGUUGUGGAAGCCGUUUCCCAGGAGGACAUGGGCCAUAGGACUGGUAAGGGUCAAUUUAUCCUGAAGGACUUGGGUGACGAGGUUCACAACAUCCUCGAUAAUGCCGACGCCGAGAAGAGCAAGGGAGCUGCGACAUCCGGCGUGGUGGGCUCUGGUUUCAACGCAAUUGGUGGCUUCUUCCGCAACAUUGUUGGCGGCAAGGUCUUGACAGAGGCUGACCUGCAAAAGCCAUUGAAGGCAAUGGAGGACCACCUUCUGAAGAAGAACGUUGCUCGUGAAGCUGCCGUUCGUCUUUGCGAAGGCGUUGAACGUGAGCUUGUUGGAAAGAAGACGGCCAAUUUCCAGAGCGUCGAUGCUGCUCUGCGCAUCGCUAUGGAGGCAUCUUUGCGCAAAAUCCUCACCCCAACCUCUUCUCUGGACUUGCUCCGCGAGAUCAACGCCGUCACCGCACCUACCACGAAGCAGCAGGCUCCGCGUCCGUACGUCAUAUCCAUCGUCGGUGUCAAUGGUGUUGGCAAGUCUACAAAUCUCAGCAAAAUCUGCUUCUUCCUGCUGCAGAACAACUAUCGCGUUCUUAUUGCCGCCUGUGAUACCUUCCGUUCCGGUGCUGUGGAACAACUACGUGUCCACGCCCGCAACUUGAAGGAGCUUAGCGCGCGCGAGAAUGUUGGCGAGGUUGAGCUAUAUGAAAAGGGCUAUGGAAAGGAUGCCGCCAACGUUGCCAAGGACGCAGUCGCGUAUGGUGCUGCCAACAAGUUCGACGUCGUCUUGAUUGAUACCGCUGGCCGCCGGCACAACGAUCAGCGGCUCAUGUCUUCGCUGGAAAAGUUCGCCAAGUUCGCUCAGCCAGACAAGAUCUUUAUGGUUGGCGAGGCUCUGGUGGGAACUGACAGUGUCAUGCAAGCCCGUAAUUUUAAUCAGGCCUUUGGCACCGGUCGAAACUUGGAUGGAUUCAUUAUCAGCAAGUGUGACACGGUUGGUGACAUGGUGGGAACACUAGUCAGCAUGGUCCAUGCCACCGGUAUCCCUAUUGUGUUCUUGGGGGUUGGGCAGCACUACGGAGAUCUGCGUGGCUUGAGUGUCCCUUGGGCUGUCAACCUCCUGAUGAAGUGAUGAAUGACGCUUUGGUUAGUUUUCGAUGUCAGCCUAUCGAACCAUGCAUUGCCUUGUUGCAUACAAUUUGUUUCCAAUUACAAUUUAAUUCUUACAACUUAUAUCUCUUGGCAAUCUUUGCGUCCAUCAUUGUCUGCUACAGUUCUUCCCCAGCUGAAUCUCCCAUGCUCGGAUCCAUACUCGAUGCUAGAAAUGAACCCCA